AUGAGCAACACUUGGGUCAUCUUUGGUGCCACCGGCCAGCAAGGUGGUGCCGUAGUGCGAGCUUUGCUCCAGGAUACUACCCUUUCCAAGUCCAUCACCGUGCGUGCUGCCGUCCGAAACCCGGCAGCGCCUACGGCAAAGCCCCUGCACGAUCUUGGAUGCGAGGUUGUCCGCGCGGAUCUCGACGACAAGGAUUCCCUCCACGCCGCCUUUGAAGGAGCGUCUGGAGUCUUCCUCGUAACUUCAAACAACAUCGACGAACAAUACUACAAACGAGAAUUCCAGCAAGGCAAGAAUGCAGCAGAUGCGUCAGUCGAAUCAGGCGUCCAGAAGAUCAUCUUCAGCACCCUACCCGGCGUGCGCACAAUCACCAACGGCCAUCUGACCAAAGUCGUACACUUCGACGUCAAACACGACAUCGAGCAGUACAUUCGCCAGCUGCCCAUUGCCAGCUCUUUCAUCGCCCUGGGGUCUUUUAUGCAAAACUUCAUCAACAUCCUUCCACCUCGAGACGCCGGAGACGGAACCUUUGCCAUCAAAGCAAGCAUGCCUUCUUCUACUGUCUUUCCCUUGAUCGACGCGACGGACAGCGGACGUGUGGUGGCGCAGAUGGUCAAAGCAUUUGAUGAUCUUCGCAGUCGAACAAUCUACGUCGCCGCACAACUGAACACGCUCGAUGAAAUAGCAGCCUCGAUCGGGAAGGCGAAUGCUAAGACUGUCAAAUACAUGCAAAUUUCUCCCGAAGAGUUCCUGGCUCCUCUACCAAAGCCCAUGGCAGAGGAUUUCGGAGAGUUCGCGCGAUACCUCUCGGAGUACGGGUAUUUUGGGCCCGAAACGAAUACGCUGCCACUUGGGGAGUUUGGGCAGUUGACGAGUUAUGAGGAGUUUUUGAAGGAGAAUGAUUACAUGACUCUUUGA